AUGCGUCUAACUCGAGCAGCUUCUAGUAAGAACAAACAUCAGAACAAACGGACCAAUGACACCGAAUGUGAAACGGACAUUACCUCGACUGGAGCCCCUCAAAAGCGUAAACAACACAAAGCAAACCCUGCGCAACCACCUGCUGCCGAGGAGAACAAUACCACCCCCACCGACAGCAAUCAAAACUCUACCGGGCCGCGAGAAUCUGAUUCCGAACCCCCGCCUGAAGAAUCCAUCGAAGAUUUGGCUAGCAUGGGCCAGAAGGAUGUUGUAUUGUUUGAAUCAACUGUCAAUAUUAAUAACUUUCUGAAGAUGGGAAGACCAUGGCCCGUCCAACGUAUUCAAGGUGUCAUCGAUGCCAGAGGGAAUGAUCAAGAAACCUCUCACAUUCCACCCGAGAUUCUUGCGGAGGCUAGACUAGCAAAACAGUGCUAUGAAAAGACGAAGUGGAUGUUGGCUGCAAUUGGCAAGGUGAAACAUGACGUAUUAGAGAAGGAGCUGUUCAUGGCUUACGGCGUAGAUUCGUUACGUCUUAAAAUGCCAAAUGGUCGGAAAGCCGAAAACAGCGGCAACAUCAUGGCACUCCGUAAUGCAGAAGCCACAAGAAUUUGGGGUAAUUACAACGCUAAAGAACGUCGGGUUUUUCACAAAGAUUAUUUCUUUGCCUUAGCCGGUGUUCCUGAUCUUGAUAACCCCGAAGACAACGAUUCUCCCGCCACCAUUCCUCUGCUUACAAAUGAAGAAGAAGAGAUAUACCGACCUCUUUACGAGAAACUUGUCGAUCACGAGAAAGUCAUGCAAGAACAAGGCGUCCAACACUUGGAAAAGAAUUUGAACAAAAAGUCGUUGAAGUGUGUUCGUAAGGUUGGAAAGAUGCUGGCCCGUGAUGGUGCACGUUUAAAAUUCAAAUACAUAUUGAUGGCUUCAAGUGCUCAUCCUCCGAACUCUAAAACUGGCGCUGGAUGGACCAGAAGGUUCACAACUGUACCCAGUGUUACCAGGUGGGCUGAUCGUGAAAUUGGCUUAGGUCCUGUCUUCGCUACCGUAGCACAAGGACAGUCAAUGAUCAAAGCCAUAUCCGAAGCAAAUAAGAAAACCCAAAAGAAACAAAAUAGCAGUCAGCCUCAGCCGAGUGAUGUGUUGAAGACCGAGCUGGCGAGUCUCUUGAACAAACAACUUGUUGAUACACUUGGCUAUAAUCCCACUCGAGGUAAACAAUUUCCCCUUACCGGUGACCCAGUGGCAGGCCUUCUUAAGCGUAAGAUACCGGUGCAAAUCAUACAAGAACCCGGCUCCAAACUCAGCUCUGAAGAUUUGAAAGUCGGUCACAAGGCAAUGCACAAGGUGCAUCGUCAGGAAUGGAUGGAUGAUUUAACUACAAAUCAUUUUAGAUUGGAACUUCUGGAAGGACAUGAAAAAGAAGACAACACGAGUAAACCAGAACAAAAGACUAAAAGUAUUAAAAUUCCAAAUGGAAAAGGGAAGCGUGGCAAAAAAGUGAAGUCACAGGAGUUUGUAGACGAGGAGGAGGAGGCGGAGGAGGAGGUGGUGGAUGAUGAGGAUGAGGAUGAGGAUGAGGAUGAGAAUGUUGAGGAUGAUGAUGGUCAUUAG